CCGGUUCGAGCAGGAGCCGCUGAGCGUGUCUCGCUUCACCCUCGUCUGCUGCAGCGGUUCGCUUGUGAGUCACUUUACAGACUGAAUAAAUCUGUUCAAACCGACGUCGAUUCGCCUUAUUUCCGCUUCCUUGUUUAAUUUAACACCAGGAGACCGCGUUCAAAGCCGUACGGCCGUCCCGAGUGAGACCUGAGCGGAAGGAGAAUGAUCCAUGAUGGGCGGCAGCGGCUCUAAAGGUAAAGGCUACUGGCCCUUCUCGGGUUCAGGUGGCGGGGAUGAGCCUGCUAAAGACGGUCAGGAGCAGAGCCUGGCCCGGGUGCGGAGCAUCCGAAACGCCACGCCUUUCGUGUUUACCAGGAGGAGCUCUUUGUACUUCGACGAGGACGGCGACCUGGCCCACGAGUUUUAUGAAGAAACGUUAGUAACGAAAAAUGGCCGCAAGAAAGCCAAACUAAAACGAAUCCACAAGAAUCUCAUACCUCAGGGAAUCGUCAAGUUGGAUCACCCUUGUAUACACGUCGAUUUUCCGGUCGUCAUCUGUGAAGUUUGACGCCGUCGGUGACCUCCUGCGAAGAAUCCGUCCCCCUCAUUUUCCUCCCGCCCAGCUGGAUCCCGAACACGCUCGCCGAGUAGCGCCCCCUUGUGUUUGGGAGGGCUUGAGGCGCGCGUGAGGAACCAGGCCAGCGAGCCGCGAGCUGCUCCGGCUGUGUGACUGAGAAGAGGCCGCGGCCUGAUGAUGAUGAUGAUGAUGAUGUCCUGACUCUUUUUGUUUUCUCGUAAUCCUCCGCACAAAGACUGCUAUGGGCCGUGCGGCCGAGACACUAAGUGUGGUUUGUAUGUGAGUGUAUGUUUGUUUGUAUCUGACCAUAGAAAUUAGCCGAUGUUUAGCGACGUCUGACGAUCUUUCAGGAGCACGUCGUGAAGGACUCCGGAGGACCUUCUAGCACGUUCCAUUUAGAAUUUCAAAGAAGCCCUCGGAAGGAUCGGGUCGCUUUUGAACGCUUUAAUUGAUGCGUUCGCAGAUCGCGAGGACGCAGUCUUCGUAGAGGUUACGCGGUUAGGGUUAGUAUAAAAGCGAGGGGGGAAAAAAACAACAGCCUGGAUUUUGCAUGUCGACAUGAUUCUGCUUUCUUUUCAGCCGCUAGGAGAAAAAUCAAAGGCUGUUUACUAUGCUGUGAUUUAUUUGUAUGCUGAUUGGAUGAUGGAAUUGCUGCUGCUCUUUGAUUGGACGGUCGAGGCACUGGCUGACACAGUGCUGCCAGUCACUGUGAGAAGCCCCGGCCCCUCGCACUGUCGUGGCUGUCAUUUAUUUAUUACAGUUAAAAUGACGAGAUGGCAUUAAAUACCACGUAUAAAUGCA